UUUUGGGCUUGUGGUUGCUAUGCAUUUCACUUCCUGUUUUCCAUGGUGAUGGGUGAAUGCCUUGCACUGUGAUUCUUGUAACCUAGAUUUCUUGCAUGUGACAGCAGUCUGUUUACCAUCUAGAAUACAACACUCUUGCAUCGAUUCAGCCUUUAAGAAUUCAUUAACAAAAAAGAACGAAUGCAUUUGUUUUGAACAAAUCGGUGAGUCUGAGGAUGUCUAAAAUGGAUGUCUCAUUCUAUUACAUUACAGUAAGAUAUCUUGGAUCAGCAGUUCUGUAAUUUAUGUUAAAUAGAUAAAGGACAGGAAAUUGCCAUCUGCCUGAAACUUUAUAACAUGAACUAAUAUACUGCUGUAAACGUCUCUAAACAAACACACUUUUUCCACCACAAUGGCUCAGACAACAAUAUGUAAAUGUUUUAUUUUAAAAAUCAUUACAAGUUACAGGAUGGGAGGACAAAAAAAAUAAUCCUGCAUAAAAGACAACUCUUAACGCAGUAAGCGUACGUUCAAUAUUGAAAUGAUUCCUCACCAUUUGUUAAGUACAUUUCUGCCUUUUUAUGAGCUUUAAGAAUAAGAACAAAUAAUGAAAAGAAAAUGCUCAAAACAAAUGCUAUAUUGUUACAUGUUUCAAAGACACAGUACUUACUACAAUGCUGGAAGUUGCAUGGUGUCAGUAACAGACUGACUAUAUAACAGACUUCCUUGUAAAUUAACAGAAAUGCAGUGUUUGGUUUUGAAUGUAAAACGGGCAGCAUGCUGGCAAGUGGCUUUGGCUGUUAGUGGCUGGCUGUGAGCUGUGCUAACAGAACUGGGGUUGACAGGGCAUCGGUGGAAUGCCUUGGCUUAAAAUAUUGUAAUUGGUUACAGUAUUAAAGCGUGAUGGGUUUAAGGCUUCAGGCUUAGGCUGUUGUAUUGCUUUUCCACUUACUUUUCUUUACAAAUGCUGGUCCCAUCCCCCCCCCCCUUCCUCACUUUCCUACAAAUAACAAAAGUUGGCAAAAUCUAAAGCAAAAAUCAGGCUUUGGCACAUGAAAUGCUCUUUGUUUCCCCUUCUUAAAUUCUUACAAACUGAUCUGAAAUCGCCAAUUCUCAUAUGCUGCAGCAAUGAACAGAAAAUGUACCUAAUAAAUAACAUUAGGAUAUCAUUUUGCUCUUAAUGUUUGAUUCUUUUGAAUCACAAUGACUGUGUAUCUAGUGUAUAAUAUAUUUUAGAACAUGCAACAGUAAAGAACUCCCAUGGGUUAUUAAUUGAAUAACAAAAAGCUAGCUUCAAAUCUCCUUUUGAUGUUCAGUCCUCUGCAUUUUGAAACACCAAUGAGAUGGAUUAAUUGCUGCUCAUUAGGCAGUAUGUUGGGACAGCUAUGAAUGCACGUUCUUUCAUGGCCAUUGCCUGUUGUCUGGCUAACAUGGCCAGCUUUUGUAUGUGUUACUGUCUGCCUUAAUGAAAAGCCAAUUAGAUACCAGAGGGAGAAUUAUUCAAGUACAGCCUUUCCAUUUGUGCAUAAUACUUUUGUGUUUUCACAUUUUCUAUUUUUAUCCUCUAUAUUGUGUUACCUGACAUGUUAUCUUGUUAUUUUCUAUGUCAGUAAAAUGUUUUUUUCAUGAAUAGGAUGCAAUACAAACUAGUGAAGCCCCCUGUAUGUGUUUCAUAUUUUUGAUUCCCGGUACUGAGGAGUUAUUUUUUUAGAAAUACAUUUUAGAAUAAAUCAGUUAAUAAUGUAUCAGGUUAAAUCUUAAAGGUGUUGCCGUACACGAUGCUGAACAUGAGAUACAUUUAUGAAUAAAUUAAUUGAUUGCAACAGAUUGCAUGAGUUGAAAGGGGGCACAUGUUGGAUAAAAUAAAAAUGUCAUUUUCAUACACUGAUUACUGUUUAGAAAUAGCAUUGAUUAAUUAAAACAUGUUGUAUUAUGCAGUGACAGCAGAGAUAACUAUCGACUACCGGUAUACUAUUAAAAAGCAAACGAGUCAUCUUGGUGGAACAUAUUAAGAUGUGUGGUUUUUUUUUUUUAUAUGAAAUAUAUUUGACACAAGUGACGUUAUUCGCAAAGAUUGAAAAUGAAUACAGUUACUGUUUAAGUUGAAGUUUUGUGAACAGUGACUAUUUAUAUUUGAAUCUGUUUUAAAUACUGUGCAAAACAGAUUUAUAGUUUUACAUGUUCAAAAAGCAAAAGGCUUAAAGUACAUGUCCUCUUAUUUGUUUGUAUUCAGGUAACAAGCAUGGAUCAAACCGUGAAGGACAAAGCACUACAAAGUAUGGCAGCAAUGUCAUCAGCACAGAUCGUGUCAGCCACUGCCAUCCACAAUAAACUAGGCUUGCCUGGCAUUCCUCGCCCGGCUUUUCCAGGAACACCUGGGUUUUGGCCAGGAAUGAUAUCAACAGGUCAACCAGGAUCCUCGCAUGAUAUAAAGCCAUUUGUUCAGCAAGCAUAUCCAAUCCAACCAGUAGGAACAACACCUGUUCCAGGGUAUGAGUCUGCAGUAACACCUGCCCCGUCAGUACCUGACUGGCAAGGCCGCUCCAUUGGAACAACCAAACUGAGACAGGUGGAGUUCUCGGCUUUCCUCGAGCAGCAGAGAGACCCCGAUUCGUAUAACAAGCACCUCUUUGUACACAUCGGGCAAACCAACCAUUCCUACAACGAUGCCCUGCUUGAAUCGGUAGACAUUCGUCAGAUUUAUGAUAAAUUCCCUGAAAAGAAAGGAGGCCUGAAGGAGCUGUUUGGCAAGGGACCGCAUAAUGCCUUCUUCCUCGUAAAAUUCUGGGCUGACUUGAACUGCAAUAUACAAGAUGAUGCGGGAGCAUUCUAUGGUGUCACAAGCCAGUACGAGAGCUCUGAAAACAUGACAAUUACCUGCUCUACUAAGGUGUGCUCGUUCGGAAAACAAGUCGUGGAAAAAGUAGAGACUGAAUAUGCAAGGUUUGAGAAUGGACGCUUUGUAUAUAGGAUAAGUCGCUCUCCCAUGUGUGAAUAUAUGAUCAAUUUUAUUCACAAACUUAAACACUUGCCAGAAAAAUACAUGAUGAACAGUGUAUUGGAGAAUUUCACCAUUUUACUGGUGGUAACAAACAGGGAUACACAGGAGACUCUUCUUUGUCUGGCAUGUGUGUUUGAAGUGUCGAACAGUGAGCAUGGAGCCCAGCAUCACAUCUAUAGGCUUGUGAAGGAAUGAGAGAGGAACAUUUUACUGAAAACCUUAAACAGAGACUGUAAACCUCACUACAAGUGGCAGUGCCUCGAAUCAGAAUCACACCCACGUUUGUUGGAUUUGGGUGGAGUCAUUUUUUUGAUGUAUAUAUGUGUACGACUGCAGCUGUGAAUUGCGGUACAGUUGUAAAAACUUUUGAUACUGAAUUAGUUCAUUUUAACAGAUUUAUCAAUGCCUGUUCUUAGGAAGGUGUGUGUGUGUGUGUGUGUAUAUGUAUAUAUAUAUAUAUAUAUAUAUAUAUAUAAUGUGCACACAUACAUUAUAUACACAUAUAUAUAUAUAUAUAUAUAUAUAUAAUGUGCAAACAUACAUACAAGUGGAAAUUCUAAUGUAUUAUAGUAGUAUCUGUUGGUGGGGUUGUAUCCGAUCGCUAGACCUUUUAUUUGAAAUUUUUUUGUGGUUUCAACUGAGGGAAAAAAAAAAAAAAGUAAUAGACACUAGCCAUUAUAACAUGGGACAUCUAAGCUCUGUAUAAUAUAUUGAACUAUUGUGAUUGUGUUUUUUUUUUCCCAAAGAAAGUAUUUCAUCAAAGAUAUAAUUUUGGAUAAAUGAAUAUUAAAAGAAAUGCUAGUUUUAAGGUGAAAGAUAAUAGCCAGCCUAUUUAUAAAUACACUACAAAGUUAAAACUUUUGCAGCUUCGAGGAGAUCAAAAUAUUCUCUUUAAACAGGGUUCAUUUGUCUGAAUCUCUUAAUACAAAGCCACACUACUCUUUCACUGUUUGAAAAUGAAAGGUGAAGACUGAAUGCACUGUGAUAUUAAAACCUAGUCUUUUAGGUUUACCUUGGCCGUACCAAUAAUCACUUUGCAAUAAGAAUGUUGCAUAUUACAUUUGCAAAUUCAAAGAAUUCUACGAAAUCCCAUUCCUUAAGCUGCAGAAGGUUUUCACAAUAAAGUAUUCGUACUGCUAAUAACACGGAACAGCACUACAUUCUCACAAAUCGUCUAUCGUCGCCUUGUCCUAAGCACUUGGGUUUUCAGGUAGGACAUGCCUUAUUGAGGUAUCUUGUUUUGUUCACCUUUCUUGAUCAGUAACAACAGGCAUUCUGUGUAAAUAUAAUUGUAUGUGGGGAUCACUUGUUAAAGAAAAUUGACAAGAAGAAACAGUGAAGUUUAAAAAGUUUCCGCUGCAUUAAUCUGCUGUGGUGCAUCAUUCCUGAGCAGGUUCUGUAUUUAUUUUUUGUUUACCAAUAUCAGUUGGUUGCUGCCUUUACAUACACAUCAAGACCUAUGAAAUCUGUGCCCUACACCAUUCAUUUGAUAUAAGCCUUAAAUGUGGUGGUGCGAAAUCCAAAAGAUGCCACUAAAACUGUGAGCUCUUUCCUAAGCUGGAAGACUUUCUUGUUAUUGUCAGUCUUUGUAGGAGUAUAUCAUUCAAAACUGCCAAAGUAUAACAGUGUACAGUGCCUUAGUGUAUGUUGUAAUACUGGCCUUUGUCUGCCUGUAACAAAUGUAACAUCAAUCUUGGUCUGACAUUUUAACUAGAAAUUUACUUCAAGGUAAACCAAAAUAACCGAUUUUUAAUAGCAACUUAUCUGAAAAGACAACUUCUUUACACAUCGGAAUGAAGUACUGUGAGUUCCACAAUAUGCACACAAUUAGAACUAGCCUACACUCAGUUACAGAAAGUCCUUUUGACAGGGUAGAACUUAAAACACUAAAUAAAUGUUGCCUUUUCUUCUCUAAAUGACCAAAAAAUAUGACCUGAUCCUUCGCGAUUUCCUUCACUGCAGCAUGAAAGUGCCUUUGGUUUGAAACGUCCAGCUUAGAAAAGACUGAAUCAAUUGUAAGUAUUAUUAUCUGUAGCAAAACCAAAAAAAAAAGAGAAUAAGAGAUCACCACAAUGCCUUUUUAAGCUUUCUAAAAAAAAUUAAGAAAAAAAAAGUGUUUAAGGAGAAAAGGAAAGUUGGAUUAAUUUAUGUGAAUAUGUACUGAGAGAGGGUGCAGAAACACAAAAACAGCACCUGCCAAUAAUGGGGCGAUUCGCUAACUAAUAGAAAAAGCUGGUCCUCCAGAGUGAUUUUUUUUUUUGUUUGUUUUACUUUGAUUCAAGCUGAUAUGGAAACAGCCAUUGCACUGAUUAGUAGAACCUUUCAUUAUCAUUUGUACGGUGGUUUAUUAUUGGUAAAUAAUACUUCAACUGCUGCUAGUUUAAAAGCAUCACUUUAUAAAGUGACAUUGCAGAAAUUAGAAGCAAAAGUCAUACACAACUUAAAUGGGGGUCUAUCCUAACGAACUAAACUGGCAAAUCUUAAAUACCACCACUGUAUCAUGUAACCCUUCUACUGUACAUGUAAAUAUUCAGUUUCUGACAAGAUUCAAGAGCAGAUAUAUGAGAGAGAACUUUACCUAAGUGUUUGUUUUUCUGGAAUAUGACUACAGUAGAUGCAUUAAAUUUGGGCCUGCAUUAAAGUAGAUCUGUGUGAUUUUAUAUAUUGUUAGGAGUGGUAGAAGACACCCUUUGACUUUUAGGAUUCAAGCAAGUCCUAAGAAACGAGACAGUCGAAUGUAUAUAUGUUACCGUAGUUUACUAUUGUAGCUCAGUGACCUGACAAAAAAUGAAGGAAAUCAGCUGUUGGAUAAAUCACUUUGGAGGAUCGUUCUCUGUGUCCUCUCAGUGACAGAAUGUCACCUGUUUAGAUUCCAGUUUAAGGUUGAAGGAGUUCCUUAAAAGUUUUAAUCUAAUACACCAGUCCCAGAAUGUUUAAAUAUUUCUAUUAAAUUAUCAAAAUCAGAAAGGUUUCUAUAUUAAAGCAUCUCUAGUAUCCCUGUACAGAUUAUGGGAUUUUAGAGAACUUUUUUUGUAUUUUCAAAUCAAAUAGUCUUUAUUGAUGUAUCUCCAGGUUUUGUGUUGUGUUAACAGCUGUUCUGCCCUGUGUAUUUGUUCACAUUUAUAAAUAACUUAAAAUUAACUCUGUUCAUGUUUUUAUUGUGUUGUGUAUAAAAAGGUUUUGUGACGAAUUCAGCAUAUUCAAAUAAGGUCAUUGGUGAACUCGUUACUGCACUGCUGCUGGUAACCUGAUCUGUAAAUUCCAUUUUGAAGCAUCUUAUAAUACCUCUUGUUUUUAAAUAUGGUGGUUUUCUUAGCUUUUACAUUUAUAAAUGUUAGAAAAAGAAGAUUUUAAUAUUAUAGACAAGUUAUACAGAAAUCGGAAGGAAUUUCAUCACAAACCUAUCAGCAGUACAGUUAUACAUUUUUAUAUAUAUAUAUAUAUAUAUAUAUAUAUAUAUAUAUAUAUAUAUAUAUAUAUAUAUAUAUAUAUAUAUAUAUAUAUAUAUAUAAUGUUAUUGUCUUUGUAGGUACUGGUACCUUUUGUUUAUAACCAUUUUAAAUGUUGGCUUCAAAGUGAGUGAACUUUAGUUCAGAUAGUAUCAUGAGAAUUAUGGGGUUUGUGUACAGAGAGUUUUUUUUUGUUUGUUUUUUUUAAAAGGUGCUUUGAUAAAAACCUGUCCUGUCUCUCGGUACAAUUGUGUGAUAUCUUUAAUAUCCAUGACAGUAAAGUGCAAUUAUUUCAUCACAUCAAGAAAAAGAAAAAAUCUGCUACACGUGUGUGUGUGUUCUUUUACUGCAGAUGUUCUUGUCUUUGCUAAGUAACACAUUUUGAUGCCUUCUUGAUAACGUGUGGUAGACAUUUUGUAGCUUUCUAGGAACUUUGUAUGCAUACAAUAUCAAUUGACAAUAAAUAAAAUUUGAAACAUU